GCUCGCCGCAUCCCGCCGAUCUCCCCCCCGGGCGAUCCGGCCGACCCGAGACCGAGAGCCUGACCUCAUCGAACCCCGAACCUUGAACCCGCCAACCUUCUUACUCUCUCUAACCCUCGCCUCUCGCAUCGACCUCAACCUCACUCGCCCCCCAUGGCUCUCCACGCCCGCGCCCUCCUCGGCUUCCCCCCCGGCGCCAAUGCCUCCGACACCAUCCUCGCCGGCGUCCACUUCAACCGCACCGUCCUCUCCUUCUGGAACUACACCCUCUACACCAACGGCACCCUCUCCAACGGCUCCAACUGCUACGUCGUCGAGUCCCCCUACACCCCCGUCGGCCUCCUCCCCAACGGCUCCUUCGUCAACUCCACCUGGUGCUACGACCCCAUCAACCCCAUCGGCCCCCGCGCCGGCGUCGGCGUCGGCUUCGGCGUCGUCUACGGCCUCGCCCUCGUCUUCGUCCUCGCCUGCCUGACCAAGCACGGCAGGUCCCACCUGCCCGCCUCCAAGCGCUUCUACCCCGUCGGCCGCCGCUGGCAGUGGUACUACGCCAUCCUCGUCUGCGUCGCCGCCUUCAUCAGCCUCUUCACCAACAUCGACGUUGACCGCUUCUACGUCGUUGGCCUCCCCAUCGUCAUCAACAGCUUCUUCUGGUACCUCCUCCAGCAGUUCACAAUGGCCCUCGUCUGGGAGGCCGUUCGCCACUGGGGCAGCUGGAGCGAGCGCCAGGCCAUCGACCCGGACCCCUUUUCCUUGCGCGAGGGCGACCGCAGGAGCAAGAUCGAGUUCUGGGCCCCUUUGUGGUUCUACUUCUGGCUAUGGCUGAACUUCUUCCUCAUCAUCCCCCGUAACUGGGGCGAGAUCGAAAAGCAGCGCUCCCCAGACCAGACCGCCUCCCGCGCCGCCCCCAACGCCACCGACGGCCGCUUCAAGGCCGCCACCUUCUGCCUCGUUGUCUGCUGGCUCACCAUCGUCGCCUCCCUCCGCCACUCCAUCAAGCACUACUACCCGCGCAACCGCGGCCUCCUCAACAAGGCCCGCGGCUUCCUGCGCUACGUCCCGCUCCGCUUCCUCCUCAUCAUCCCGCUCGCCGGCUGCCUCGUCGCCUACCAGGGCAUCGUCUCCUGGAACUUCGCCUACUCCGUCCUCAACGCCAAGGCCUCCCUCGCCCCCGUCUACGCCGGCGGCUACGGCCCCGCCCUGCUCAUCCUCUACAUCCAGAUCGCCUACGGCUUCCUCUCCCCCAACGAGGACAAGGAGCUCAUCCGCCAGCGCCGCGAGCGCGGCACCCAGAUCGACCGCGAGAUGGGCUACGUCCCCAAACCCGCCUGGUGGAGGCGUGUCAAGAACGACGACCACCUCGUCGGCCGCAUGUCCAUGCGCGAGCGUAUCGCCAUGAACGUGCGCGAGCUCGGCGGCGGCGCCGCCACCAAUCGCGGCGUCCGCCAAAACAUCGACGCCAUGGCCGACGAGCGCGAGCAGCGCGAGCAGGCCGACCGCGAGAUCGAAAUGGGCCCCGUGAGCCGCGGCAACACCACCGCCACCGCCGCCGCCGCCCCCGUCCCCGUGCGGCCGGGUUUCGACGCCGCGCAGGGCUCGACCUUCGCCUCGUACAGCGGCAAAUCCGACCGCCGCCGGAACGAGCGGGCCAUGGCCGCCGCCGCGGACCUGCUCUUCCCCGUCGCCGGUGCGAACCGGCCCGAUCGCACCUCGGAGCUGACGCAGGACGGCCCGCCGCCGUCGUACACCGACGUUCCCGUCACCGGAGGACGCGGCAGGAGCACAGACGGCUUCAACACGCCCCACGACCCCAGCCAACGCAGCAACAGCACCUUUUCGGCCGUCUCCAUCACAGGCCAGCAGCCCCAGCAGGUAAAGAGCAUGCUGGAUAUCUGAUCUGUGUUUUUUCUGUACAUGUGACCCCUUCACACACGGGCACGACUCUGUAAAAACAAACUUACGAGCCAUGACCAUCAAAGACUAUGGGAUUGUUAAUUAUUCAAGGCGUUUUCUUAGGCGGGGUGCCUCUUAUCUGGGAUGAACAAUAUAUAUAUAUAUAUAUAUAUUUAUAACCAGAACAGGGGCGAAAUGAGAUUCCAAGUAUAGUAAUAAUAAAGACUAGUACCCGUCAGAUAUGGCCAUCCGCGCAUCUGUCUCCGUUGCCGUGUUAUAAGUGAGCCUGUCGCCAGAGGGCUAACGGGGGGAUCAUAAGCACUGUCCGAACGGGCCGACGACGACCUGCGAAUUCGCGGCUAUUUCGU